CUCACUAACGUCUCUCUCAAAUGUCAGUGUCAGUAUGGUUGGAACUACUUGUCAAGUUGCCUGUCUGCAGCGUUACCAGAUUGGGGGUUUUUUUCGCAAUUUUGGGGAAAAAGUUUAUUCUUGGGGGAAAAAUGAGGGAAUAGUAUCUUAAGGGGAAAAAAUACAUUACGGGGAAUUUUUGGAGGCUAGCACUUCUAAAACAUAUGGCAAUAAAAUAAACGUCCUUUUCAUUCGUCUUAAAUACUGGCUAAUAUAGAAGAAUACAGCCAGAGCCAUUUCAAAAUAGUCUUGUUAGUUAGUCUAUGACUUUCGCUGUCUUCUCAAUCAAGUCUAUGGUCUUGUCACACUUAUUGUUACUUUAAAAAAAGGAGCCCUUGCUGAGUUUCGUGUCGGUCUUCUUAGUACAAGGUCUCCCGCCAUAGAUUUGAUGGCGUAGCUUUCAAAUUUCUAGGGGGGUAAGUAACAAAGCGAAGGGUGGUUUUCUUUUCAGAAAUGUAUCAUUUUGGGGAAAUAUAAAAAUCAGUUUAGGAAAGUCAUGAAAAUUGCAUCUGACAACCCUGCCCGUCUGUCAGUCAAGUCGAAACGAAAUGUUUAUUUCAGUUUUUGAGCAAUAUGUUACAGUUUUUCCUUGAAAAUAAAUAAUAAUUAUCCAGAUUGUAGCCCAUAAAUAAAUGGGUACAUUGUGUCAUAAUGUCCGAGGACGAUACAAUCGAUAUUGAACAGGAAUUGGAUAAUCUUCUGACUGAAGUUCAACCAAAUUUGCAAGAUGUUAUCAAAAGGAGCUUUACGAACGUUGUAUUACAACAAACUAAAAAUGGUGAACAAGUUAAACCUGACACAUUGGAAGAUACAUCCUAUUUUGCUAAAAAUACGCAAGUAAACCUAACACGGUUAGAACUAGUCAAACCGCCCACAUUCCACAUGCAGUCAUUGUCUCUUGAUCUCAAAUCAAUGUCAUUGUCAUUGAGAUGUUCAUUAGGUGAAGUUAAAGUUAGAGGACUAUAUAGUGCAUUUAAUGAAAACCUCUACAAUCUGAUACCAGUUAUGUCUGAAGGGCAUGUGUUAAUAUCGUUGACAAACAUGACUGCAGAUGUCAAUGUUGGCCUUGUCCUAGAAGAUGAUGCAUUCUCCUUUAUCAACCCUGGAAUAGAAUUUGUUCACGAUGAAGUACUUGUCAAGCUUUCGUGGCCUUCACCCCAAAAAAGCGGAGGAUAUGAUUUUUCUACAACAGAACAACUAGCAAAACAUAUAGAUGAUCUCCCACUGACGGCUGCUAUAUCAUUACCCCUUUUUGCAUUACUGCGGGACAAACUGCAAAGGCACCUCGGCCUGGUGCUGAGGCAAGCCACCAGCAUAUCUGAGGUCGUCAGCUGCAAUCCUAGUCUAUUUGAGGCUUACAGUGCAAUGGUUGAUUCGUUGGCGUCGAAUGGCAACAAAGUUGUCGACAUGGUACUGAUUAAUAUGCGCCGUACGUUGCUGCAGUCGUGCCGCGAAGUACUGGAACUGCCGCCGCUACAAGCCACCUUCAUGCACAAAAUAGGGUCGAUAUCUUUCGUAGGAAAGUUUGAAACAGAACCCGGUUGGGUGAAGAACUUGGCCACCAUUAAUCGAGUAUGCGAUGUGAGCGUAACUAGACCUGACCCAGUGCGUACGUGUUUCCGCUUUACGCUCAGAAUCAAGGACUUCCAGAUAGGCUACGAUGAAUAUAGGAUCAAAGCAAUGGGCGUAUCUAGUUCGGGGCGUCUGGUAGCGACGUAUGGGCGGGCGACCCUCCACGCGGCGCUCAGCGUGGGGCUCGCCCGGUGGGAGCCCUACGCACAACUAGACGACCUACGGGUGCAGCAUAUGGACUCCAUGGACGUCCACAUAACGGGGCUGGGUCCGCUGAGCGGGGUGGUGGGGGCUGUGACGGCGUGGGCGCGGGGCGCAGGGAUCGCGCACGCGGCGCCGGCACUCGCGCGGCAGCUGCAGCACGAGACGCACGUCGCGCUCGCUGAGCUGCCGCUCUGGGAUAUGUUGCACGCGAAAUGAUAAGCCGCGAGUAGUAUUACAAUAGACAAUAUAGGUGGUGAUGACACAAAGUAUAUGAAAGGCAUGGGUAACCUAGCGUCGGCCGCGAUGGGAGAGAUAAUGGCUAAUUUAUUCCGCCAGAGGCGUAAGUGUCGCCGUAUUAUCAAAUCGGAACAGCUGUCAAAGUCACAAUGAAAUCCGACAAAUUUGGAUAAACUUGGGAUGCGUUCCAAACCUACGCUUCUACUACAAAUGCCAAUUUUAAAUGUUUUUUCAAUGUUACAUUUUAUGACAAAUUAAAACGUUCAGGGUAAGAAAUUACACUCAGAGUGUAGGUUACGAACGCAGCCUUAAGUUACAGGUUUGGCUAAACGACCAAAGCGCCAUCUGCAAAGAACUGUCCGUUUUCUUCCCCAUUGCAUCAACACAAUCCUCUGACUUACUCUAAUUUCAUUUAAUUAUAUUUAAAUUUAUUGCAUAUUUUAAGGGUCAGUUACAAAUUUAAACUGUUUUUGAACAUCAUACACAACUCCGGCUUUGUCAUUGGUUUAAAGUCAAAUAGAAACGGCAAAAGUAAUAAGUACUUUGGUGCUAGGGGUCCAAAUAAAUUUUAUGUUCACUCCAACUAAAAUUGUAUUGAUUGAUUCCUUGAUUCAAUUUAGAAUAAUAUAUUUCCACAAAUUCUAUUUUAUUACUUCAAUUUUGAAAUUGUUGGAGCGCAAGGAAAGUUGCGCUAAGUUACCCAUAUCUUUUAAAAAAAAAAGCAGUUUUUAUAGCAGACAUUUCUGAGUAACUGGAUUAAUCACUGCUAGGACCUAAACUUUGGCUGGUAACUUUCAAAUAUCGUACUAAUAGCAACAAACGCCAGAUAGAAAUGUAAUCUGCUCGAAUAAAAACAACAUUACCUUUGCAAAUAAACUUUCUUCCCUGUGGCAACCAUAGAUUUUUAAAUUGCAAUACAGAUAUUGUUUAGUCCUAUUGUAAUUACUUUACCGUUUCUUGUUCCAAGUUAGACAAAUUCAGUUCGUUCCUCUUAUGAGUAUUUCGAUAUUGAAUAAGGUGUAUUGAUAUCUGAAUAUAUAUGAUAGUACAAUAUUUAAUAAGAAUACAUAUGUUAUAUUUUACUUUUUGUUAACAUUAUUUUACAGAAAUUCGACACGUAUUUCAUUUUGUUACUUUCUUAGUAAUUGGUUUUAUUGUGUUGCUACUCAACACACCAUACGUACACUAUGC